AAUUCAUACGAAACAGGAAAUAUCAGUCUACCACGAUCUAUCAUGCCUUCUAAAUGAGCGCUUUUGCAUCUCUCUCAUUGUGGAGGCUUAUCGAAGGACUGAAAAGGGACUGGAGGUCGAUCUCCGGUCGAGUGUGAUUGACAAACAAGGGAGACUACUGUGGCAGGGGCUGAUGGUGGGACUGUCGCUGCUCGGAGGCAAGAAACAGGGGUCCCGCCCUACUGUGAUACCACCUGAGACCAAGGUGUAUAAAGAAGAAGUGAUAGAGCCCAAAUCUAGCACAGGGCCGGACUUUGCCAAAGCGACCAUGGACUACCAGCCUCAGCACCUCAAUACGUUGACGGCCAAACUGGUAGGGUUUGACAAACCCAUUGCUCACGGCCUAUGGAGCAUGGCCGUGGCGGUGGACAGGAUAAUGAAAAACGAGAAAUGCUAUAAGAACACGUACCCUUUCCACGUAAACGUGACGUUCAGGCGACCAUUUCCACUUGGGAGCCAAGGACUUCUAAGGUAUGAUGAGCCGGCUGGAGAAAAGAAUUACAGCAAGUUUAAAAUCAUCAAAGCAGACAAUCGCCAAGGAACUAUACUCGAAGGCGAAAUUUAUACAGGAGAAAAGAUGAAGUAACAAGGACGAUGGAAAUGUCAUCGCAUUUUGUUAUCUGUCCUAUUUUUAUAGAAUAAAAUGUGCAUUGUUA